AUGGUAGUUAUCCAACGAAGGUUUACCCCGCUCCUGAUCAUAUUGCCUCUUCUAGUACAAGGCAGAAAAUAUGAGGGUGACAAUUAUGAUAAUUACAAUGGUGACAACGGAGAUGAAUUAGUAGGCGACAGCCGCGGUAACGGGGCAGGUAUACAUUGGAUUUCACCUUCUUUGGGCGAUUCGAUUCCUUCAGGUCAGGCUUUGACUGUGACAUGGUCAUCUGAGAAUCCAGUGACUUCGCCAUCAAUCGCAUUAUGCACUUCCUCUUCUUCCUCCUCUUCGGGUGGUGGUGGUGGUGGUGGUGGUUCUGAUGAUUGUGGAAAUGCGAAUUGGCCUUCUGUGAUAAUUAAUGGAGAUGGAACUUAUUCUGCUACUGUGACAAUGCCGGUCAUUUCACAAUCAAUGCAAGGAUUGUAUCUAUCUAUGAUAUCUGAUAAUGGAAAAUCAUUCAAUUCACCUAAUUUUGCCGUUCAAGGUGGAAGUGGUUCACCGAAUGCAUACCUCGCUUCACCAACGGUAUCGACGCUUUCGGCUAUUCCAACUACUCUUCCUGCCGAAUCGAUGGGUAUACAAAGUGACGACAGUGUGUCUACAGCUGCUUGGAAAGCGACGACAACAGGUGGAACGGUUAGUGUGAGUAUGACUACCAGAGAUAGGACUGCAGCUACACCAAGUACGAAGAAAGUCAUUUCAUCCACUUCACUUCUUGAUCCUACUCCGACUCUUGGGUCUGAUCGAACACCAACUUCUCUAGCUCUACCUCUAUACUCUACGACUCAGAUUCAGGUACCUCUCCAAGCCAUCAGUCCAACUCCUACUCCUCUUUCUGGAAAUGUCAUCGCAGACCAACAAGCUGCGGCAUCAUCACCAUCAUCAUCAAAUAAACCAAAGAUUACAGCUAUAGCAUUGCCUUUGUCAUUAUGCGGAUUAAUCUUAAUCGCUUCGUUGAUAUUUUGUGCUCGUUCAAAAGUAUUCAGGAAAUCUGGUUUAGGUAAAAAUGUAGAUCCAGAAAAUUCAGGUUCGAGUUUGAAUCCAAAUUGGCAAGAUGUCAUAAAACAAAAAGCUGCUUCCACUUGUAUUCCUACGGGAAUCGUAUUGAGCAAAGGAGUUGAAGUGAUUGAGAGAAAAGAUGACGUCGAAUUUGGACAUGAUCAAAUUCCUACUUUAGGUUAUAACGGUAGACAACCUUCUUUAAACCCAUUCAACAGUCAAAAGAUGACAUCUAGAGAAAGUGAUACGAAGCAUAACCGAUCAAAUCAUAGUAGGCAAAGUAGAAAUAUAAGAGAUUACGAUGUGAAAGAUGGUGAGAGAAGAUUCACCGAUAUCCCUCAAAUCCAUUAUGACCGUUCGUCAAGAACUCGAGGUAAAUAUCGUGGCCGGGGCGAUAGAGAUGGGGAAUAUGAAAGACAGCAACAACGCCGACAUGCGCAUAGAUAUGAUCGAGGAGACUCCUAUUACUCUGAAAGAUCAAGAGAUGGUCACUCUUCGAGACAAGGGAAUAGGGAAAAGGAUUAUUAUUCCAUAAGUAGAAGAUCUUCUGGUGGUAUAGGUGGAUUGUACGAUAACGAUCCUUAUUCAAGUAGGGAUAGCAAUAGGAAUGAUCGUUCGUCGACAUCUUCCCAUUCUCGUUCACGUUAUGAUGAGGGUAUCAACUCAAAUACGAGAGAAUUGAUUUCACCUAGAAGACCAUCAUUCACAAUCUUGGAUCUACAUCAAAAUGACUCAUACGUCGGACCACUGGAUAAUCCUCAUGAUCGCGAUUUACCUUUAAACUCACAUCCAAAAUCGGAUGGAAGGAAAAGAAGACCAUUACCUAAUCCGCAAUCUCAACCACGACCUCAACCUCAACCUAUAAUCAGAUCAUCAACGCAAUCGUCCGUAACUGAAUCUGAAUUACUUGAGAUGGAUAUGGAUAUGCCUAGACAGAAAACGUUGCCUCAUUUAAGUGGUGGAUUGAGAGAUGAUCACUCGACGAGUUAUUGCGAUACAUCUGCCAACAGGAGAAGUGGAAGUGAAAGUGGAAGUGGAAGUGGGAGUGCAAGAAAAACAAGACACUGUGCAAGGGACACGGGUUUUGAAAGAGAACGGAGCUGGGAAAGCGAUACGGAAUCAGGAUGGGAUUUGGCCAACCAAGGCGGAUAUAAAACGGGUGAAGAGGGUAUGGGGGAAUUAUAUGAGAGCUUAAGAAGAGCUAUUCAGAGAGGUUAG